AUCUCCGCCGAACUCAAGUCAUAUAUCUAUACUGCCUAGAAGCUUCAGCAAAUCUAUUGUUUCAGAAGAUAUCAACCAAAUUAAAUAAUAAUAAAAAUCAACUUGACAAACAUCACGCACUAUCUAAUAAAAACAUAAAAACACAUGUUAUGGUAGAAGUUAGAACCCUAGUUUUUCAUCUUCCACGGCCACUUCUGCGUUUUAACAAUCAAGGAAAGUGCUAGUCUUAUUGAUUUUAAAAAGUAUGAAAUGCAAAGUGUUUGUCCUAAAUUUCUUACUCCAUGUGUUGUUUUUGUUCAGGUUGAUCCUGUCGAUAUGUCUUCAAAGAGGUUGAAUCUUGGUUCCAAAGAUUUCAUCAGCAGUUUACCAGAUUGUCUUAUCUGCCACAUCUUGUCUUUCGUUUCUACUAAAGAAGCUGCUUCCACUUCUGUUCUUGCCAAAAGGUGGAGAUAUCUGUUUGCUCUUACACCUAAUCUUGAGUUCAAUGACUCUAUCUAUUUGAAUUCUGAAAUUGCUAAUCAAAGGAAGAGUACUUUCCCGUGGAUAACAAGAAAAAAGAGCAAAACUCCUAGGAGUUUUGUGGAUUUUGUGGAUAGAGUGUUGGUUUUGCACCAGAAUGUUCCUUUAAACAGAUUCUCUCUCAAGUGUGAAGAUGUUGUUCAUCCAGCUAUUAUCAUUAGUUGGUUACUCAAGGUGAUGGACCGUGGUGUGUUAGAUCUUGAUCUACACAUCUCGUCUGAAAUGGGUUACCGGCUACCUUCAGAGAUGUUUUGUAGCGAGACUUUGGUUAGGCUGAAACUAGGAAUAAGAGAUGUUCUCACUAUUACUACGGAGAAAAGUGUUUCUCUUCCAAAGGUUAAGACGCUCUGUCUUGACUAUAUCAUGGUAGAAAACAGUGUGUUUGCUAAGCUUCUGUCUGGAUGUCAUGCGCUUGAAGAGUUAGUUCUUAACAACUUGUUCGAGGUUAAGGGGUCUUGUUCUGUUUUUCAUAACACCCUCAAGAGACUAGUGGUUAGCCGUUCAAGAACUUUUGACGAGAACCACGAGAGUGUGUCAUUUAGCACCCCAAAUCUUGUCUACCUUGAGCAUUCUGAUACUAUUGCAAACAUGUAUCCAAAAGUGGAGUUUAACUCGCUGGUCGAAGCUAGUCUCAAUCUUCGAAUGACAAGCGAUCAGAUUGUCAGCGCAAUCUCAAUUGAGGAUAUUGAUAGAUCACCUCAAGAAGAGAUGGUUGGUAAUGCAACAAAUUUUCUUAUGGGAAUAUGCAAUGUUAAGAUCCUUCACUUGUCAUAUAACACUCUUCAGGUACUUACUUACUGCUGCAAACCAAUACCACAAUUCAACAACCUGAUUCACUUAACCAUUCAGAGUGACCCAGAAGUAGCUUGGGAGUCACUACCAGCUCUACUUAAAAAUUGUCCAAAGCUUGAAACCCUAGUCUUUGAGGGACUCCAUCACAAAUUUAAAAACUGUGGGGAAGAGGACAAGUGUUUGUGCAAACCUUGGGAGGGGGAGGACAUUCCUACUUGCCUAUCAUCAAGUCCAGUCAAGGUUCUAAAGAUAUUAAAAUUUGGAGAAAUCUUUGGUGAUGAGGACAUAGAGGAGCAGAUAAAGCAGGUGCAACACUUCUUAGAGACGAUGCCGAAUCUUGAACAGCUUAGAUUGUAUUAUGAUACAUCUUUUGACGAAGAUGUGUAUGAAGUGUCAGCACAACUUCAGUGGCAUCCAAGAGUGGCUUCAUCCAAGUGCAAGAUUUCAGUGAUCUCUGAUAGCCUUUGCUUGUCAUCUACUGUGCCAUGUUCGGUAGUGAGUAAAUGGGGUCGUCUUCUUUAGAAGAACCUUUCUGGAUUUGGCGCUUUAUUCUGGACCAAUCAUGACCUUUUUCUUUUGUUAUCUUCGGAGCCAAAUAUGAAUGAAUUUUUAUAAGGCUGCUUGCUAAGGGAUGUAAACUCUAAUCAGGAAUCUUGGUUAUUCCUUCUCUUGGUUAGGAAAGACUUGUGUUGUUAUGUUUUGUCUUUUCGCGCAGCAAUGGUAAGUGGUAACUUCACGCAUUGUUUGCUUAUUCUAUUUUGUGUCUGGUUUGAAAAGAAUUGUUAAGACCCAAAACUUCCUACAGAAGUACUUGAACUAAAAACACCACCAGAUGUUUUCUUCUACAAGAACUUUGAUUAAAUCACGAUUCGUGGAAGAUAAUGUGUGUCCGUAGUUUUAUUUUUGUGUUUUCAUAGCUGAUCCAGGUCCGUAAUUGAGCUGUAAAUUCUGUUAACCGUAUAUAAUCUGAUUCGAAUUUAAUGAAAGCUGUAAAAAAACCGAAUUGAUAAAUCUGAACUAAUGAAAUAAAUAUAAAUAAUCUUCAAUUUUAAAAUUUGUAUAUGUUAUAUCUAAUCGAUUUUGUUGUUUUUACAGUCGAUUUAGUUAUCAUUUGGUAAAUUAGAUUGCAUCUCUAAAUUCAACUGUAAUAUUUUUUGUUCUAAAUAUAUUAAAUUUUGAUUAGUUUCUUAU